CAAGUCCCCACUAUUGAUUCAAUCAACGCUGCAACCCGACCAUUCGGACACUCAUCAUGUCGCGCCCAUCUUCCAUGGCCCAGCGGCCCUUGACACUCACGGAAGAGCUCGAGAAGCUCGAGCAAUCCAUCACGCUCACCCUGCAGGAGAUCGACCACAACUUCAGCCAAGCCCAUCGCAUCGUAACCACCAGUAUUCUCCCUCUAAUUGAACAAUACUCAGAAAACUCCCGCGACGUCUGGGAGGGUGCCAAGUUCUGGAAACAAUUCUUCGAGGCCAGCGCCAACGUCUCCCUGUCGGGCUACGAAGAGAAACCCGAAGACGCCACCACGACGCUACAGGAGGAUGAAGACCCAUCCCUGAGCGCACAUGAGCAAGACACACAGCUCACGGCGCAACAAGACGAAUCGCACCUCAGCCUAGACCACCGCGAGCACGAGCCGGAAUUAGAGCUGACAGCCCUCAGCCUCUCUUCGCACAGCACCCCUCGCCCAUACGAUUCCCACCACCACCACAACCACCACCACCACCAACAAGCCAACGACACAACGGUCACCUCCUCAAUCGCGCACCCCUCCCCAUACCUCGACCCAGACUCCCUCCCAGACAGCGAUACACGCGACCUCGCCCGCGCCGCAGAACUAGCGGAUGCCGAAAACGAGGACUCGUUCCUCCCAACCACACCAGGGAAAUACUCAGCAUCAGCCUCAGCACCUCGCUCCUACCGCACCACUACAACCACCCAGCCUCAACAACAACACCAACAAAGUCAAUACCCACCACACCACGACGAAUCGCACACCCCGCUUUCCUCCUCACCUUUUAUCCCCCCGGCCCCAACAUCCACCCACGAAGACCCAAUCCUCCAUCGCUUCCACGACAAAACCUACCGCGUACAAGCAACCCCCCUAUCAAAGAAGCGUCAAAACCUAAAACACUACCUCUCAACCUCCAAAUCCAUCAAAUUCACGAACCCAAUGUUCGCCACUACUCCCGAAAAACCCCCCGCGAAGAAAUCCAAAUACUCCUCCUUCGACGACUCCCCAAUCUCCAGCCCCGAGCCCGAAGCCCCGCAACUCCACGCCGAGAUCUUCUCCUCCCCCAUGAAAGGAGGAGGCGGCGGCGGCGCUGAAACUCCCAAUACAGGCCGCAAGCGACGGCCGAGCGCUGCCCACGGACAGCUUUUCUCUCGGCCGACGCCCAAGCCCGGGAUGAGUGUCCUGACCCCGAUGAAGGGCGGCGGGACGGGUCGCCGGGGCUGGGAUAGCGAUGACGACGAUGAUGAUUUUGGAGUGAGGGGAUACGGCGGCACAGCCGCGUUCAGUGACGAGGACGAGGAUCUAGGACCCAGUCCGCCGAAGACGAUGCAAUUCCAUAUCCCGCAGAGUCGGUUGAUGAAGACGCCUGCGAAGGAAGCAUCCAAGCGGAUUGUCGAGGAUCUACUACUCACAGCCGGCGCAAAUGAUACCACGGAUGAUAUCGUUCAGGAGCAGAGUCCGAGCGUGAUUCGUAGGGUGGAGAAGCUCGAGGAUGAGACGUUCUAGAUAGAAGCAAGCCCCCUUCAGAUCUGUUUCUGGUGGCUUGCCAAGAUUUGUAUGCUUAUACCAGCUUUGGAGUGACUUUCUUGGUGUCGUAUAUGUUCAAGUAGCUAGCUAUUUGUUCCUAGCCCUCGGCGAUACCUAGAGUGGGUCUCAAGUCUAAGGAAGC